AUGUCUGGAUUCGAGGUCGCCGGAAUUGUUCUGGGAACCAUCCCGCUCGCGUUGAAGUCAUACAGCGAGCUGGGUGCCUUUUUCACCGACUUCCGUCAGUAUCGCACCCAGGGCGUCAAGCUCCGCCUCAAGUGUUCCAAUGAAGCGGAUCUUUUCCAUGCCUCAAUACGGACUCUGUUCUCCUACUCCAUCGACGAAAACGUGGUGAAAACCAUGCUUGAUGACCUCGAGCACCCUUCCUGGGCGGACGAAGACAUCCAGAACAGACUCGGGAUGAUCCUGGACGGCGACUUGAACCUGUGCGAAGCUGUUAGGAGGAAUGUGAAGAUAAUCCAAGAGACUUUGGAUGCAGUGUUGACGACACUGCGGUCGGUCGGCCUGGAGGAACCGGCGACGCCUUCCGUUACGUCAUCCCCGGCACCUUCCAUAUCGUCGCAUUAUCACCGCUUCUCCGAAACUUGCACCCUCCAGCUCUCAAAGACAAAAUGGGCUUUCUCGAAGAAAAGCAAGGUCGAGCUCCUCCUGGAGGAUUCCGCGGAAGCGAACCGCUACCUCACACAGUUUGUCUAUCAAGCAAGGAGGCAGCGCAAACAGAUGCGACCUGUACGCAUCAUUUCUGGAAAGACAAUCGGGGACACCAAGGCUGUCAGAGAUGGCUACACCAAAAUCUACCAAGCACUGUCCGUGGCGUGGGCCGACUGUGCAUGUCCAGCCCACGAUGUUGAACUGGCAUUGCAGUGCACACUCAACGAAGGUUCAGCCGGGAGCUUGAGACAGACGCCUCGAGACUGCGGCGUCAUCUUCCACGGCGGUCCUCUGUCGGGAUGCUGGUACGCCUACCCCGGGGGGCUCAAACGACAGCAAGUGAACGCGGGGAAUGGCAGCGCAAACCUCUCUAAUGCGAAGUCAAUCAUCACUCAAGAUGGCUCAACCAAGCCAAUCUCCAAUGGCAAAGCGUGUACCACGCAUUUCAAGGAAAGCCAGUGCAUCGGCCAGGUCUGCCAAAGCCUGCAAUCGCUUGGAUGGUCGGUCCACGAAGUUUAUGAAUGCCACCGCCACCCUUCGAGCAAUCCAUCUCACGGCUCAAACUGCUUCGGAGUCCACGUCUCCGGCUGUACAAGCCACUUCGAGGACAUAUCCUGCUCUCUAUCUCAACUCCUGUCUCAGAGGCGUACGGGCAAUCAUCUGACAGAGCUUAUCACGUAUCCAUAUGAACGCGUGAGGAUAGCCUAUAUUUUGGCGCUCUCCCUUCUCCGCCUCUACGACUCCCCGUGGUUGAAAGAGAAGGAGAGAUGGACAAGCGACCAAAUCCGCUUCGUCGCCACCCAAUCGUCAGACGCCGAGCAAACGGUCAUUCCGCAUGUAACCGCAUCCCACGAACAAGAUCACUCAAGCCCGGCAUCACCUCCAGCAGCGAAACAAAUCUUCAAAUGCGUCAAAAAUUACCAAAUUUAUGCGCUUGGAAUACUAAUGCUUGAACUUGCACUCGGCAGCCCACUUGUCCUUAGCCCACCGAUGGGAAACUCGAACGACCCAGAAAUCACGGAAUUUCUGGAGGCACACAAGUUGAACAGUAAUGCCGUAGCUGGCAGGAUGCUUGGACUCCGCUAUGGGAAGGUGGUGUCUCGCUGUCUUAUGUGCGACUUUUCCGUCAAUGACUUUGACUUGAACAGUGUUUGCUUACAGGCAGCUUUCUACAAUCUCGUUGUAUGCGAACUGGAAGGGUUGCUGAACGACAUGUCGCGGGUCAGCAGUAUCGCUUGA